AAGGAACACAUUUCCUCCGCUCCAAUACGUUAGUUACGGCGGUGAUCGGUCGACGACGCAGGUGAAGUGAAUCACCUUAAUCACCUGAAGACGAACCAGUAUCCACGAAGGGAACUGAGUUUACCGCCGGUACUAAUGGUGACGUCAGUGGGCAGCCAUGAAAAGGCACACGGCCAACGUUAGAGUUACGCAACACUGCAACACAAACAUUAACUGUCGCCAUAGAAGAGUGAGCAGAGGAAGAGCUCCUGACUGCAGCCUUGACCUCCACGUUCUCCAGAUUUGAGCCAUGGCUGCAGAAAAAAAGUGGACUUGCUACGACGGCAAAUGUGUCCAGAAUUUUCAGUUCUACCUAGAACAUUCAGGAGAACACGAGGCCAUUGUCCAGAGUCUUAACAGCCUCCUGCCGGGGGAAUUUAAACAAAUUGGAACAGGUUCCACUGGCCUGGAUGUUCUUGGAGUUGGCAGCGGUGGAGGUCAGAUUGACGUCCAGAUGCUGUCACUGCUGCGGUCCAUGUUCCCUGAUGUACCAGUGACGGCUGAUGUUGUGGAAGGCAGUGAUGAACUGACUCAGAAUUUCAAAGCGCUGUUGGCUAAAACCUCCAGCCUUGAGAAGAUCAACUUCACUUGGUACAACACCACCAGUGAGAACUACGAGAAACAAGUGAAGGAAAAAGGAGAAGCAAAGAGAUUUGACUUCAUUCACAUGAUUCAGAUGAUGUACUAUGUCGAUAAUCUUGAGGAAACUGUGAAAUUCUACCACAGUCUGCUGAAGAAAAACGGCAGAUUGAUGAUCAUCAUUGAAACAGCUAACGGAGGCUGGGACACUUUGUGGAGCACUUUCCACAAGGAGCUCUGUGGUGACUCCAUCAAAGAGUACUGCUCCUCCAAAACUGUGAUUGCAUUUCUGAAGAACCAAGGCCUGAAAUAUGAGGAGCACCUGAUCCACAACACCUUCGACAUCACCGAGUGCUUCGAUCCCAGCAGCGCUAAAGGAGAACGUCUGCUGGAUUUCAUGACCAUCAGCCAUCACUUCCACCAGUCCUUCACCCCAGACGUCAGAGCUGCCAUGUUGGAGCUCCUGAGAAACCAGUGCAGCACCGAGGAAGACGGCAGAGUUCUCUUCAACAGCUGUUUGAGCUGCAUCUUCGUCCGUUCUUGAUCAUCAUCUCCUCACCUGCUAACGGCUAACGUAUGUAGCUUAACGAAUUUAAACUUUAAUCUUGCAUACCUGCGGGUUUUUUUGUACGAUAUUUCUACAAAAACAUAUUGAUGAAAUAAAUUUACCACCAUUUUGGAACCUUUGAUACAUGUCUAUACAAGAUAAUCAUCUAAUCAACUAUUUUCCUUUUUCGUUGCCGCGACUCCAGUUUGAUUAAAAAAAAAAGCUGCUGGGGAAAAUAAACGGUUUCUGGUU